AUGGCCGAACUAGGUGACGCCGAAACAAUCCGCAUUCUCGUCUCAACCGACAAUCAUGUUGGAUAUAACGAACGGGACCCUAUCCGAGGCGACGAUAGCUGGAAGAGUUUCCAUGAGGUGAUGUGUUUAGCCAAAGAGCAAGACGUGGACAUGGUCCUGCUAGCGGGCGACCUAUUCCACGAGAAUAAGCCUUCGCGCAAGUCCAUGUAUCAGGUGAUGCGCUCCAUCCGAAUGAAUUGUCUAGGAGACAAGCCCUGUGAGCUGGAGAUGCUCAGCGAUGCCAGUGAAAAUUUUCAAGGAGCCUUCAACCACGUCAACUAUGAGGAUUUGGACAUCAAUGUUGCAAUUCCUAUUUUCUCCAUCCACGGUAACCACGAUGACCCAUCUGGGGAAGGCCACCUGGCGGCUCUGGAUUUAUUACAGGUUUCAGGUCUCCUUAAUUACUACGGUCGGACACCUGAAUCAGACAACAUCCAUAUAAAGCCGGUUUUAAUCCAGAAAGGACGAACCAAGUUAGCUCUCUACGGCAUGAGCAAUGUCCGCGAUGAGCGACUGUUCCGGACGUUUCGAGAUGGUAAGGUGAAGUUCUACCAACCUUCAAUACAAAAGGAGGAUUGGUUUAAUUUGAUGUCCGUUCAUCAAAAUCACCAUGCCUACACGGAAACGGGAUAUUUGCCUGAAAACUUCCUGCCUGAAUUCUUGGAUCUCGUUGUCUGGGGCCAUGAACACGAGUGCUUAAUUAACCCCCGACUGAACCCAGAAACAAAGUUCCAUGUGAUGCAGCCUGGAUCGUCUGUAGCAACGUCGCUGGUCCCCGGUGAGUCAGUUGCGAAGCACGUUGCGAUUCUUAGUAUCACAGGCCGGGAAUUUAAAUGUGAACCCAUCCCCCUGAAAAGCGUUCGGCCAUUUGCCAUGAAAGAGAUUGUCCUUUCCCAGGAAAAGGGGGCGCAGAAGCUCGCCCGCAAAGAGAAUAACCGCACCGAAGUGACGCGUUUUCUGAUCACAAUUGUAGAGGAGCUCAUCGAAGAAGCCAAGGCGGAGUGGCUAGAGAUGCAAGACAGCAACGCAGAGGAUAUAGAGGAGGUCCCGUUGCCGCUGGUGAGACUUCGCGUUGAGAUAUCCACGCCAGAGGGAGGCGGUUACGACUGUGAAAACCCGCAGCGAUUCUCCAAUCGCUUUGUGGGCAAGGUUGCCAACGUGAACGAUGUCGUCCAAUUUUAUCGGAAAAAGAAAAAUGCCACAACGCGAAAGAAGGAUGACGAGGUGGAAGAAGCUGCUGUUUCCCACCUUUCAACCCUGGAUACCGUCAAAGUGGAGCAACUCGUACGGGAUUUCCUUUCCGCACAGUCGUUGAGUAUUCUCCCACAGAACUCCUUUGGAGACGCAGUGGCACAAUUCAUCGACAAAGAUGACAAGCAUGCUAUGGAGAUGUUUGUCAAUGACUCACUAGAGAGUCAAAUAAAACACCUAAUGUCCCUCGAUCGAGACUACGACGACAUGGAGGACGGAGGUGCAAUUCAAUCCUCGUUGCAAAAAGCCAUGGAGAAAUACCGCACCCAGAUGGAAGAUAUGUUCUCGCAAGGGAUUAAGAAACGAACGCGAGGGAAGAAGCGAUUCAAACCCAAGCCGGACGGUUGGGACAGCGAGUUUGAUGGCCCGUGGGAGGACCAGCCCGGUGCCCUCGUCCACUCCGACAACGAGGGUGGUGAUCCUAACGAAGACGAGGCCGCAGCAUACGGUACAGAACAAACUACAGGCAGAUCGUCCGCACGAGGUCGCGGUCGCGGUCGCGGAGGAAGAGCGACGACUGCUGCCUCGAGUACUCGCAAGACUGCUGCAGUCACAAAAGCAUCAUCCGCAGCCGGCAAAAAGGCUGCAUCCGCCAAAGCCGCCAAAGGCCGCAGCCGACGUGCCGUAUCUGACGACGAAGAGGAAGACGAAGACGAUGUUAUCAUGCUUGACGAUGAUGACGAUGAGGUAGCAGCCCAGGCCAUCUCCGACGAAGAUGAUGACGAUUCGCAAGCGCUAUUCGUCAAGCAGCCAUCAACCAGGAUGCGACAGAAAGUAGCAUCCACAACGGGCAGCACCCAACGUCGUGGACGAGCGGCACCUUCUCCAGCCCCAUCCUCCAGUACAUUAGGGGCGACAUCCAUACGUCGGACGACAGCCGCGAAGGGAAGACAGUCGCAAACUACGUUGAGUUUUACAGGGUCACAAGCAAGCGCCCGCGAUAAGACAGCCAGUCUGUCGAAACCAGCGACUAGACCAGUCCGUACGAUAAGACAGCGAGAUGUCAGUGUCAUCAGCGAUGAUGUCGACGACGAUAGCGACGCUUUUGAACCUAUGCCUAGCUCCAGUAGACGCAGGUGA